AUUUGUGUUAACGUGAGCGUUAGCGUGAACGUUAGCAUGAGCGUUAACGCCCUCCCUGUACUGCCAGGAUGUCAGCAGCAUCCUGUCACACGGCUGCUGUUAAACGAGGAACUGUGUUAAUCCAAGACGCACUCUGCAACCAUGUCGAGCUCGCUGGUCGUGUGUGAGGUGGAUCCGAGUCUGACGGAGAAGCUGAAGAAGUUUCGCUUUCGGAAGGAGACCACCAACGCCGCCAUACUGAUGAAAAUUGAUAUGGAGAAACAGCUGGUCAUAUUAGAAGAGGAGUAUGAGGACAUUUCUCUGGAUGAUCUGAGGGAAGAGCUUCCCGAGCGCCAGCCUCGGUACAUAGUGUACAGCUACAAGCUCACGCACUCCGACGGCCGAGUGUCCUACCCGCUGUGUUUCAUUUUCUCCAGUCCUGUGGGCUGUAAGCCGGAGCAGCAGAUGAUGUACGCCGGCAGUAAGAACAGGCUCGUCCAAUCUGCUGAGCUCACCAAGGUUUUUGAAAUCCGGAACGCAGACGAUCUCUCCGAGGAGUGGCUGAAAGAGAAACUGUCCUUCUUUCGCUGAACAAUGACGCCACUCGUCAAGUUCAGCGCUCCAUAAAUCUAUCCGUAAAGCGAAGAUCGUUACGUGGGGAAUAAACUCACAGCUCAUCUCAGAUCAGUGGAGAAAAGGCUUCACGUGUUUGAUUUCUAAUUUUUUUUUUUUCAAAUCGACAUUUUGUAGAAUGAAGUGAAGCACAAUGUGAACACGGUACUAGACCUGUUACAGCUAAAAAAAAAAAAAAAAAAAAAAAAGUCAAAACUCCAUGUAUUUUGGUGUUCAUGCGUUCUUUUUUUUUUUGAAACUUUGGAAAUACCGAUUUUUAAUGUGUUUAAUUUCGUUAGUGUCUUACAGCAGAAAAAAAAACCCAAAAGAUGGUCUUGAUAUAAAUACCAGACUAGAUUAUAUUAAACAUACUAUAAACGGAUUGCUAUAUUAAAAGGUUUCACAUUAAAGUACUGCAGUAGCCUGCAAUCCUUUCAUCACAGGUAUGUUGAUAUUAAGGAAGGAACAAAUCACACUGAGUCUAACGUCACACCGGUUGUUUGAAAUGAAUUUAAAGAACAAUAAAAUGUUUUCUCACCAA